AUGAACUACUUUUGCCUAGCUCAUUAUAGGACUGUAUUAUUGUGGUGUACAAAAGAACUGGCAGUAAAGGAGAAGCGAUCGCUCCGUGUAAAUAUAGAAUUUGAUCAUGCAACAUUGGUACGUUGGUCUCCUGAUGGCAAGGCUUUCAUCAUACAUAAAGGUGUGGCAAACAAUAUUGAAGUAUACAAGGUUUCCAAGAAAUCGGAUGGUACUCUGGCUUCGGCAACAAAGGCUCUAGAAUUUCCAAAACGGCAUACUGAAGAUGUAGUCGGCAUGGACAUUGCAAGUACAGGAAAGUAUAUUAUCACGUGCAGCAAAGCAAACGAUCUUGUAAUAUGGGAUCUUAAGGGCCAGAUUCUUGCAACUAUAGAACUGUAUCUAGGAUCUAUUUAUCGAGCACGUGUGUCACCCUGUGGUCGCUUCGUUGGCGCUUCUGGGUUUACGCCAGACGUAAAUAUAUUUGAAGUAGUAUUCACGAAAUCAGGAGAUUUUAAGCAAGUAGCCAAGGCUUUCGACCUCGCAGGCCAUUCAUCUGGAAUACUUGACUUCAAUUUUAGUGCCGACAGUAGCCAUAUGACUACUGUAUCGAAAGAUGGAACUUAUCGUUUAUACAAUACUAAAAUUGAAUAUAUGAAAGGAGAGGAUCCACACGUACUUUUAACCGGAACAUGGGACACUGCAGCGACAGCAAGACUCGCUCUAUCUCCUAAUACCGAAGUUUUGGCAAUAGCUCAUGGAUCCUCGUUAAGUUUUUACUCUACGAUCGACGGUUCAUUAGAUAAUACUAUAGAAGAUAUUUUUUUGGGUCCCAUCACGUGUCUAGCUUUUGAUGCCUUAGGAGAAUACGUUUUGGUCGCCGGAGAUAAACACAUAAAAGUCUUCCACAAUGUUACCGGUUAUCGUGUGGCGAUUGAGUCCGCUAAACGUAAACUCACGCAAAAGCAAACAUCGGCGACGAAGGAACGCUUAGAGAAACUAAUCGUCGACAACAGAAAGUUUCUUCAAGCAAUGGGAGAGUCAUGUUCUUAG